ACAAGUGAAGGUCACUCGUUUCACCCCGCCGCGGCCACUUACUCACUGAAAUCACACCCCGACCGUCUACUACUGUACAGUACCUGUACCUCACCUUGGAUUUGGAGAUCCAAUCUCAGUCCAUCUCAACCUAACGAGCACCAAGACCACUCCUACAGAGACACACUCUCUCUACUGCUUGUCCCUGAACCCGCAAUCUCGCGCUCUUCUUCCGAGUCCCCCCUUCCCUUUUCUUUCCUUUCCCUUGUCGUCGUCUUAUUAUAAGAUAUCUCCACAUCCUCUUCUUCUUCUCUCUCGACUUCUCUUCCAUCUCUUCUUCUCUUUGUAUUCCUCUUCUGCUUCUUCUUUCCCCCCCCCACCAACCGUCUCUUUCAUCCCCAAAUCUUUCAUCAUGUCUCGUCCUCAGAACAUUGGCAUCAAGGCCAUUGAGCUUUAUGUCCCUAGCCAGGUAAGCUGAGAUAUUCCCUCUGCGACUAUUCGCUAUUGUCACACGAUCUUCAAUGCCUUCAUGUUGUCUUGUUUCUGCUGGGAACUCUUGUCGUUGAAUCUUGCCCCUCACCAAACUUUUUGGAUGGGACAAAAAAAGUCCCUGCGUUAUUACUCUCGUGUUCGGGUUCUUGUCGUGUGCCCCUCCAUUUCAGAUUGUGCCCCUCUAUCCCAACGCUUGAACGAACGCCUCUUUGAUGACCCCAGCUAACCACAAUUUUAUUUGCUCUUUAGUAUGUCGAUCAGGUUGAGCUCGAGAAGUUCGAUGGCGUUAGCGCCGGAAAGUACACCAUUGGCCUUGGCCAGACCAAGAUGAGCUUCUGCGACGACCGUGAGGACAUCUACUCUUUCGCCCUUACUGCUACCUCCAAGCUCCUCAAGAACUACAACAUCGACCCCAACUCGAUUGGUUACCUCGAGGUCGGUACCGAGACUCUUCUCGACAAGUCCAAGUCCGUCAAGAGUGUUCUUAUGCAGCUUUUCGGCGACAACACCAACAUCGAGGGUGUCGACACUAUCAACGCUUGCUACGGUGGUACCAACGCUGUUUUCAACGCCAUUAACUGGGUUGAGUCUUCUGCUUGGGACGGUCGCGAUGCUAUCGUUGUUGCCGGUGAUAUUGCUCUCUACGCCAAGGGUAAUGCUCGUCCCACCGGUGGUGCUGGUGCCGUCGCCCUCCUGAUCGGCCCCAACGCCCCUAUUGUUGCCGAGCCCGGUCUGCGUGGCACCUACAUGCAGCACGCCUACGAUUUCUACAAGCCCGACCUUACCAGCGAGUACCCCUAUGUUGAUGGCCACUACUCCGUCAACUGCUACACCAAGGCCCUCGAUGCCGCUUACCGUGCUUACUGCAAGCGUGAGGCCAAGCAGGCCACCAACGGCACCAACGGUGCUUCCAACGGUGACGACUCUACCAAGACCAGCCUCGACCGUUUCGACUACCUUGCUUUCCACUCCCCUACUUGCAAGCUUGUCCAGAAGUCCUACGCUCGUCUCCUCUACCACGACUACCUCGCCAAUGCCGACUCUCCUGCUUUCGCCGAGGUCGCUCCUGAGCUCCGUGACAUGGACUACGAGAAGUCUUUGACCGACAAGGUUGUUGAGAAGACCUUCAUGGCCCUCACCAAGAAGCGUUUCCAGGAGCGUGUCAACCCCUCCAUCCAGGUCGCCACCAACUGCGGUAACAUGUACUGUGGCAGUGUCUGGGGUGGUCUUGCCAGCUUGAUCAGCAUUGUCGACAACAAGGCUCUUGAGGGCAAGCGAAUUGGUCUCUUCAGCUACGGAUCUGGUCUUGCUGCCAGUUUCCUAUCUUUCCGCAUCAACGGCAGCGUUGAGAAGAUCUCCAGCGUCCUCAGCAUCCCUGCCCGUCUUGAGGCCCGACGCGGUGUUCCCCCUGAGACCUACGACGAGAUGUGUAACCUCCGAAAGCAGGCCCAUCUCCAGAAGGACUACACUCCCAAGGGUGACGCCUCUACCAUCGCCCCUGGUACUUACUAUCUUACCAAGGUCGACGACAUGUUCAAGCGCGAGUACGCUAUCAAGGAGUAAAGGAUCAUCUUUUCAGAAUCCAAAGAAUCCUUGCUCGAACAACCUUUUAUACGAGACAUUUUUCGCUUUUAAACUUGGUUUCAUUGCAGCUAUGGACCAAGCAGUAAGCAUAUCAUGAACAUGAUGACUUCAAUGGGAGAAAACUAGACGCACAGGGAAGAAGAAUACAGCGGAUGAUGAUAGAAGCGCAAUUCGCGUAGUGGAGAUUGACAUUGAGGUCCUCUAAUUGAGCCCAUAAUCAUGGACAUUGUGGCUUGUGGAAAUACUGGGGACCGUCUCUCCUGGGAGAUUUAUGAGAAAGUUUGUGAAGGCCCGUACCAUAUAGACCUGGUCAUUUGGCGCUUAGAAGAGUUUACGAUACUUGGAAUGAAAAAAAGUAUUUCAAUCGAUCCAGUUCUCUCUAACUUGUGUCUAUUCUUCUAUUAGCGAUUGUGUGGUUGUCGGU